UGGCGGCACACGCGAUAAUUUUGAAGUGUGCUGGAUUCUGGCAGAACAAAAACCUCAUUUUGACACAUUCCCGCUCAGUAACAAAAUUUUUGUCAAGGUAAAUCGCGCAAACAUUGUGUAGGCCCCUUCUGUGUUAUCGCUUUCCCACACACCAAUCCCCUAAAUAAAAAUUCCCCGUGCAUAUAUGGACCCCAAAACGUCCACAUUGAAAAUGCAGCAGGCCUACCUGGUCGAGCUGAGUGAAGACGAAGACAUUGACACGGAUGAUACCUCCGCAUGCGCAGAUACAUUACAAUUAGAACCCACCAAUGAGAAAUCAGAAACACCAGUGGCGAUUGACAUCAAGUCAAACACUCCAGGCAAGUCGGAGAAACAUCGUGCAGCGUACGAAAGCACACGAGCGAACAAACACAAAGAUGACUCACAAGUUGCCUGCUUUACGUGUUUCCUCGGUCCGUGUCCGGAGGUCGUCAAUGCAAACUUCAAACACUCUGAGUUUAUGAUUUGUUACCGUGAUGCCAAGUCACGAUGCGAGAACGGUAUGAUGCGCUACUACUGCUGCCCUCUAUACUUGGCAACCAUAAAGAAAAACGGUGAAGAGACUUAUGAGUUACGCGCGGUGCAAACCGAAAGUAAUCUACAAUCGAAUGAUUUUAAUAAUCAUAAUGGAGGGGGCGCUGCUGGUGGCACUCGGAUGAAUCACGAGUGGCAUUCGUUUUAUAAUAAUACGCAGGCGCAUCCGAAUUUGGGCGCCGGCAUGUCCCAUCACAGUUUUAGUAAUCAUCACUUCAACUGCCGCCAGCUGCCGCCACAGUUCAACUUUUUGCAUCAUUGUAGCUGCGCAUGUCCGCCUCAAAUGAUGGCGUAUUACUUAAGUAACUAUCGGUAUCAACAGCAGCAGUUAUCACCGCAUGGGCAAGCGUCACAGCAGGGUUUCCGGCAGUUUGGGUACCAUCCGAGUUAUAUGUUUCCGUCGCCCGGAUCUGCGAUGAGUUGACUUAAGUAACUUUUGAAGAAAUAAUGUAAUGGAUCCCGCGUGAUGGUAGUCUCUGUCAAAUUUUCUUUUUUUAUUGAAAUAUGUACGCAAACAUUAGGAAGAAGUAAAAACGGCAAUAACAACA